CAAACAGGGUGGUACGUGUGGCAGUGGCUUCGGUUCGGUUGUUGUUGACGGGCGUUUAAUCGUGUUAUUAAGCGGUUCUCCAAGCGCACAAUGUCCCUGAAAGUCGCGGCCACGUCGCUGACCCGCACACUUUGCAGCGGAGGAGGCCAAAAAUUCAACCACGCAUGUGGCGCGUCCCUACGCGGCCACAAUGGAACAAAAGCAGCAAGUAGUUUUUCUGUCUCGUCCGGGGGGGCGAGUGGCGACAUGCAAUCGUGCAGCGAGCCGCCCCUCAGGCCCGCCAAGGCGACCGGACAGCGAGCCGAGGAGCCGAAGGGGGUCCCCGGCGUGGCUGGCGCGAGGAGACGGGCGUCCACGUCCAGUACUGCGGCUCCGAUGGAUAGAAAAGCCUACAUGUGGGCUCGUUAUGCGGACUUGAGACGGCUGGUUCACGAGUUAAUUCCCCCUGGUGCAUGCAAGUCUCUCAGCUCGUCCGCCAUCUACGCCAAUAAUGAGGUCAGCUUGGCCGAAGUGGACAUUUACGGCUUUGACUACGACUACACACUGGCUCUGUAUUCCAAUGCGCUCAACAACAUGAUUUACAACACCGCGAGGGACUUUCUUAUUGAGCACUUCAAGUACCCUGAGGGAAUCCUCAAGUAUGAUUAUAUUCCUAACUUUGCUGCUCGGGGGCUUCACUAUGAUAUCCAAAAGGGUCUCCUGAUGAAGAUAGAUGCCUUUCAUUACAUUCAACCAGGAACAGUAUACAGAGGCCUGAAGCCUGUGCCAGACGAGGAAGUGCUCAAACUCUACGGGGGAACUUUCCAUAUCCCCUUGCAGCAGGAUAGUGGCUUCUAUGGAAAGGGCCCGAAAGUGAAACAGUUCAUGGAUAUCUUCUCUAUCCCUGAAAUGACGCUCUUGGCCGUUGCAAAUGAUUUCUUCAUCAGCAAUGACAUUGAUUACGAUCCAGUUCAUCUCUCCAAAGACGUCUCUGAAGCAAUUGGCAUGGUCCAUCUAAAAGGCUUCAUGUACAAGUGGAUUAUGCAAGAUCUUGACAAAUUCAUUCUGAGAGGAGAGGAGACAGAUGCCGUUUUGCACAGACUAGUCAGUCAUGGGAAGAAGCUUUUCCUCAUCACCAACAGUCCCUUCAGCUUUGUCGAUAAAGGCAUGACGCACAUGGUGGGAAAAGAAUGGAGAGACUUCUUUGACGUCAUAAUUGUGCAAGCAGACAAACCCCACUUCUUCACGGACUGUGUCAAACCCUUCAGACGCUUAGAUGGAAAUGGGGACCUUCGCUGGGAAAAGAUCAGCAGUUUAGACAAAGGCCAGAUCUACAAACAGGGAAAUCUAGUUGACUUUCUCCGGCUGACGGGCUGGCGAGGAUCCAAGGUUCUUUACUUUGGAGACCAUCUUUAUAGCGACUUGGCGGACCUGACACUCAGACACGGGUGGCGCACGGGUGCCAUCGUACCUGAAUUGGAGCAAGAAACAAAAGUUGUGAGCACUGAACGCUACUCUGUCAGCCUCACUUGGCUGCAGGCCCUCACUGGCCUAAUGGAAAGAUUACAGACACACCGCGAUCCGGACUCUAAACAGGUGCUGGAAGAGUGGCAGAAAGAGCGAGAAGAACUCAGAGUGAUGACGAAGAACUUGUUCAACCCUCAGUUUGGCAGCAUCUUCCGAACAUGCCACAACCCCACGUACUUCUCCAGACGUCUGUCUCGUUUCUCCGACCUGUACAUGGCUUCCCUCAGCUGCCUUUUGAACUACGACCUGUCGUACACCUUCUACCCACGCCGUACCCCUCUGCAGCAUGAGGCGCCGUUGUGGAUGGACCAGCUCUGCACCGGCUGCAUGAAAACUCCGUUUCUGGAGGAGAUGGCCCAAAUUCGAUGAACAGGUGCAUUUUUGGCCACUCCGUUGUCUUUGACAACACUGACCUCGUUGUGUGCAGGAUGACGACAUGGAAUUGUACAUAAUGACCAGUUAAGCCAAAGAUGUAGAUUCAAAACAGCCCUCAUAAGUUAUGUUGCUUGGGCUGCUUCAAUUUGUGGAAAAAAAAAGAAAACUUCAAGCGCACAAUUAGCUUUUCUUAUUUCAUUGUGGUAAUGAACUCGUAUGUGCAAUUCACCUUUUCACCUCCAGCAGUCAUGAACCACAUUUAGAAUUUACUUAAAGACUGUAUAUUAAGUUCUAAACUUUCGUGUAAUUUACAAACAAGAACACAAAUGCAAGUGAAUUUCUAUUAGCAUCAAGGCCACACUUUCAAAAAGAUUUUUUUUUUUUUUUUAAACACAG